GCAUCACUAGUAUAAUAUAAAUAAAAACGCACCUACUUAGCUAGAUAUGUUCAGCGCAGCCGUCUCUUAGUGCGCAGAGGUUUCCCUCCAAAUCCUUUACGUCAGUACGUAACGUAAACUGGUAGGGGACGGGGCUUCGCGUCCCGCAAUCCACCCUCUUUGAUCUAUCUAUCCAAAAUUCCUUUAUUAAAAUAGCUGUCCAUGUCUUAAAAAAUAUCGUUUGGCGGGAAAAAAGUGAUAAGACGAUUUUAGUGUUGUGAUUGACUUUAAAAUCGAGUGAAUAGUGAAUGUUUUAAUAGAUCAUUUUGUGCAAUUGUUAUUUUGCAUUACGUUUAUAAUAUUAUUAUUAUAUUUAUUGUGAUAUAUGUGUUUUAUUUGUGUUGAUAUUUAUAAAAAUUGUCACGGAUAUGCCGUUUGUUGUGUCGCGGCCGCGGCUCUAAGUCGUGCGUACGAACCUGCGCGCGCGCAGACGCUGGCGGUUCCGUGUAAACGUGUCCUCGAUGAUCACGUGCGUGCGCUGCGAUAGCUGACAUGAGCUGAACCAAAUCAUGUCCACGAAGAAACACUCGCCGCUACCCAAGCGGUCAGAGGCGGCACUGAGCGGUAGACUGUCCAAAUCGGCAUCGGAACUGUCAUGCGGUCCAGCAGCCACGUCGCCCCCACCCCGCGCCCGCUCUGCCCACCACCACGCCCCCCUCUCAGUUGUACACAGGACACAGCAUUUCUUUACGAAUUUGAAGAGCCGAUGGCAACGGAGCAGGAGUCGGGAGAGAUGUCCGGCUGGCACCAUGUUCUCCCUCGCCCCAGGACCCGAUAGCAGUGGCACGGAGUAUGCUGCUGACCAGAGUUCAGAGCACAGCACUCCUGCGAACUCACCCAGACAUAGAGGAAGAAGAGACCUAUCAAAUAGCAGACAAGUGUCGACCGACCCAGCGCCGUCCACGUCGGGUACACCAGCGCAUUACCCGCGCCCGCCGCCUGCGGAGCUGCUCCAAUUGGAACCAGACGAAGGUCAGAAACUUAGGGAGCAACAACUCAGGCAACAUGCGUUCUUCCAAUUUAGAAUACAUUUGAAGAGAGGCCAAAAUUUAGUAGCUAUGGACAAGAACGGUUUGUUGUCAGGCACCAGCGAUCCCUACGUGAAGUUCAAAGUUGGAGGUCGUUUGCUGCAUAAAUCAAGGAUCGUGUACAGAGACCUUAAUCCCGUUUGGGAUGAAUGCUUUACUGUGCCCAUUGAGGAUCCGUUUCAACCUGUACAGUUGAAGGUAUUCGAUUACGACUGGGGUCUUCAAGACGAUUUCAUGGGUUCCUGCCAAAUAGACCUGACCGCGUUAGAGCUGGGCCGUUCUCAAGACCUGGUGCUGUGCCUUCGGGAUCAGAACAAGCCCCAUCAGGAUAUGGGCGAGAUCGUUUUGAAUGUCACGCUUUGGCCAAAGUCGCAAGAAGACAAAGAACAGUAUUUACUGAAGAAUACGAGGUUAAGCGACGUGAAUAAACGGCUCAAAGCACAAAUAUGGAGUUCUGUGGUCACCAUCGUACUGGUGGAGGCGAAGAAUCUCCCCGCCAUGGACCUGGAUACGAGGUCCAGUGACCCAUAUUGUAAGUUUAGAUUAGGUAACGAAAAAUAUAAAAGCAAAGUGGUUUGGAAAACUUUACAUCCGUCGUGGUUGGAACAGUUCGACCUACAUUUAUACGAUGACCAGGAACAAAUACUAGAAGUCACCGUCUGGGACAAGGAUAAACAGACAAAAGACGACUUUAUAGGAAAAUGCUCAAUAGAUCUCUCGAGAUUGGAACGGGAAAUUACGCACAGCAUAUGGCAAGACCUAGAAGAUGGCAAUGGACAGAUCUUUUUACUUCUUACUAUAAGUGGCACUACUCAGUCAGAGACAAUUACUGAUCUAACAAGCUACAGAGAGAACCCUAGAGAUAUCGCCAAUAUGGAAAAGAGAUAUACGUGGUAUCGUUUAAAUGAGACAUCCAGUGGUGUUGGAUGGCUGUGUGUCAAAGUAUACGGAGCUAAAGGUCUGGCUGCUGCCGAUUUGGGAGGAAAAUCCGAUCCUUUUUGUGUUCUAGAAUUAGGUAAUGCUAGAUUACAGACGCACACAGAAUAUAAAACUCUAACGCCAAACUGGAUGAAGAUAUUUACAUUUACCGUAAAAGAUAUAUGCUCAUACCUUGAAAUUACUGUAUAUGAUGAAGAUCAUGACCAUAAAGUGGAGUUCCUCGGGAAACUAACAAUACCAAUAUUGAGCAUUCGUAACGGAGAAAAAAGAUGGUAUGCCUUAAAGGACAAGAAGAUGAGAGCGAGAGCGAAGGGGAAUUAUCCCCAAAUAUUAUUGGAAAUGAUGGUUAUAUGGAAUCCAUUAAAAGCAGCAAUAAGAGCGGUAAAUCCAAAAGAACCAAAGUACAUGCAUCAAGAGGCCAAAUUUAAAAGACAGUUGUUCAUAAGAAACGUAAUGAGAUUGAAAGCCAUUAUAAUGUGGUUCAUAGAAGUUGGAAAGAUUUUACAAGACUGUUUUGAAUGGGAAUCAAGGUUAUUAUCAUUCACAGGGCUCUUAGCGUGGUUGGCUUUUUGUUACUACUAUGAAAUGUGGAUGUUGCCCUUUUUAUUAUUAAUAUUUUUCAGUCGCAACUGGCUCAUCUAUAGGUUAACAGGAGGCAAUCCUUUACUUAUACCAGUGGAUGAUGAAGAUCUAUUAGCCGAAGAAGACGAUGAAGACGAAGCAGAUAAGGAAGAAAAGAAAUCACUAAAAGAACGAUUGCAAGCAAUACAAGAAGUGACACAAACAGUCCAAAAUGCUAUUGGUUAUGUAGCUUCACUAGGAGAAGCUGUAAAAAAUUUAAUGAAUUUCACGGUGCCAUAUCUAAGUUAUUUAGCCAUAAUAAUGUGCUUUGGAGCUAUGCUAGUAUUGUAUAUAAUACCAUUGAGAUACCUGCUCAUGGCAUGGGGUGUUAAUAAAUUUACAAGGAAAAUUCUACGGCCACAUUCAAUACCUAAUAAUGAAGUUUUAGAUUUACUAUCAAGAGUACCUGAUGAUGAAAUUUUAUUGGACUGUAGAGAACUAAAGCCCCAUCCAACAAGCGAACACCGUCGCGAUGCAAGGAAAAAGCACAAAGCUUCGUAACAUAUCUCUAGCCGGAUUCGAGGACGGAUCAAAUUUUAUGUUUCAAAAAUUACCAAAAAAUAAUAAUGCAAUAUACACAACAAUACCACACAAAAAAAAAAUACGGAGUCAUCGAAAUUAUUAAUACAUUUUCAAAAAGUGUUUUGCUAAUAAAAUUGAAACAUGCAUAAAAAGAAACAAGUUAAAAAUGGCGCAACAAUUUGUGACGCCAAAAAGUUUUCGAUUUUCAACACAUUAAUUUUGACAGUUGGAUAAGCCAUAUUAAUAUGGGAUAGAAGACUCAAAUUCUUACAAUCGAAAUUUUCGAUUUCGCUGAAUGAUUUUUUUCCUUCUAUGAUACUAAUGAUUUCUAUUUCACCUACAAAUAUUUAUUCAUUAAAGGUACAAUGCAUAUUUACUUUUUAAUAAUAAGUCUAAGUCUUUCAUAAAACAAAGAGUAUAACCUAAAUCUCAAUUAAUCAUCCAUAUAUACUAAAACCCUAAUAAAAUGGACUGAUAGGUGCGUUAAUUAUUGUAUUAUUGCAAGAUUUAAAGACAAAAUUAUAACUAUUAAUCCACUUGGCAAUUGAACUAAUAAAUUAUGAGCACAAAAAAUCUCAAAUGCAUUUAUACGUCACGAUAUAUGUUACACUAACACUUGAUGAUAUGUUAGUGCAAGGUCUGACAUUUCGUAUUCAAUAAAAGAUUCUGAUAUAUAAUUAUUUUAUAUCUGCGUUAUUUGUUUGUAAAUAAUUUUAUAUUAUACUGCUUAGAAAUAAAAUGUUAGUUUGUUGAUUAGAAUGGUGGUAUAAAAAAAACUGUGAUUUUGAAAGAUUUUCAUUCAAAUAAAAUGACGCAUUUAAUAAAUAUUGUAACGUUGAUAACGCCAAAGAAACUUCCGAAGCCUGCAUUCUAAUUUCAAACGUUUCGUAUGUCUCUCAACAGAUCUCAACAAAUAAGUAUUUUUAAACAAUUAAUUUGCAAUUGAAACUACGUAACAUUCUUUUUUUUUUAAUCUUAACAGCCAAGUCUUCCCACAUUUUUGUGACUGCAAAUUUUAAUAUAUUAAUUUUUUUUUUUGCGUAAUAAAAAAAACGUCCAAAUUGAUGCAGGCUUCUGGAAACAAUAAGAUAAGGAAGAAUACAUAUUUAAGUAUGGUGUAAAUGAAAAUAAUGGGAAAGUUUGGAAUGAUUAAAAAAGUUGAUGGCAUCACUGCUCCAAAAUUCAUUAUAGAUGUUGCAGUUAGGUCCCAAACUGUAUAAAAUCCAUUAGGUUAAUAAAUAUACAUUUAGAUAGGAUUUUUAAUAAAGCCAUUUUUGUAUCAAAUGUUAAAUGUUGAUUUUAAUGUUGAAAUAUUUUAAUUGUUUGUUUAUUGAAAAUUUUAUUAUCGUCGUAAAUUAACAAAAUAUGUAUACAUAUUUCAUUCCCUAUCACUUCAAUGUUUAAAUAUUUACACAAAUAGUAUAAGACUGAGACCAAUCUCAUUAAUUUAUAAAAAUAAGUAUAGAUAGGAAAAAUAUUUAUACAUUUUGAAUAAGCCGUUAUUUUUUUUUUAUUUUUAUUAUAAGUAAAAAAAAUCAUAGAGCUAACAGUAUGCGCGUUAUUAGAAUUCAUAUCUUUUAUUCAAUUUUUAUGAACUCUAAAGAAUAAAAAAAAUAUCUGUAAGUGUAACUAUUUUCCGUGAUAGCACGAACUUUUUUCUAGAUGUGGAUUUUAACGCUUACUAAAUAACGCUGUGUUGCAUAGCAUUUUAAUUACCUAUUCUAGCACUAAUAAGAAAAAAAAAAUCUAUGCCCACUUAACAAUAAGAAAUAUUGAACAUUAUUGAAAUAUUUUCUCAAUUGAUUAUGGAUACGAUUCUCUUGUCUUUCAACUUUAACUUGCUUUUCUGUUUUUGCUUCUCAAAAUAAAUUUUAGACAUUUUUUAGACAGAUAUAUACUGUUUUUUUUUUUUAAAUCAUAUUUAUUUUUUUAUUUUUCAACAAUAGCAAACUAACUUUCUACUUCUACAACAGAAACAAAAGAAAUAUCUAUAACUAGAAUUAGAUAAAUGAUGUGAUUUUCUAACUCUAAAUGUCUUUAAAAUAAUCAUUACUUUUACUAGUCAUUUGUAAUCAAUUAGAAUGUCCAGAAUCAAACUAAAAAUCAGUUACAGUUAAAAUUGUUGUUUGUAAAAGUCAAAAAAACCUCUUCCUAAAUUGUCAUUGCAUUAUCAAUUUAUUGAAAAAAUUUGUACUUCUUAUAAUAUCCAUUUUUCCCGCAUUUGCUAUCUUCUUAUCUAUUACAUGUGCCUCUUUACUUAAUUCGUUUAUUAUCAUUUUAAUAUUUUCUAGUAUUUAUAAUCUGUUUUCUAUAUUUUAUGUGUAAAUAAUUAUUUAUAUAUUUAUUUUUUAGAAAACGUACAGCUGAAUUACAGUCAAUAAAUAAUCAAAUUUAUAUCUAUGUAUCUAUUUAUAGAGAUGUAUCUUUUUUACCUCUGUUUAAACAAUUAUGAACUACGCCUAUAACCACAGAAUCUGUAACUUCAUCUACAAGGAUACUGUCUAUAGCUAGAAGUGAAUAUUUAUUUUCUAGUCAAUUUAUUGUAAAAAAAUUAAGUUCCUUAAUAAUAUUAGACACUAGUAUAUUAUUUUUAUUAUGAAGGCACUGAGAGCACCAUUUUCUAAUAUUUAGAUACAUAUUGCACGUUUGCACAUAAAGGAUUGACAAAUCUAAAUGUUUCUAAGUACUAUCUAACUAUUAUAAUAAAUAAACAGGUAGAAUCGAAACUCCUAUGGAUUUAAUUAUAAUAAUUACGAUGGUACACUGACGAUCUCCUUCUGUUUAAAACCUAAAUAAUUCAGGGCAUUGCAUGCAAUGCAACACACAUGGCAGUAAGAGCAUGCGUCUGUUCACUCUUGGAAACGAGUGUUGUCAUUUCGUUAAAUUAUUUGUAAAAUGCGAAUAAAUUUGUUGCAACCCUUCUUACUUAUAUGGGAUUUAAAUGGGAGAAAAAACAGGUUUUGAAGACAUUGUCACAUCCAUAAAUCACGAUAUAUGAGUAUUGGUUCUACCCAGUUUAUUAUUAUAGGUAACUUAUCAUAAACAAGUCUUUUAAUUUUUCUUUAAUGUGUGAUUUCAAAUAAAUAAUUCCGCCCGUAGAUAGAGCUAUGAUAAGAAAUAUUUAAUUUAAAUACCCCGCACUGCAGUAAACAGAAAUAUGGGUAUGUAGGUCUCUAAAAUUAUUUAUAGUGUUAUUUAUUUGCUAUGGCUAUAUUUAUUUGCUAUGUCAGAGAAAUUAUACUUUGUAAUAAUUUGUUGAAUCUUUGAAAUAUAUAUUUUUAUUUAAAAUUUACUGAUUAAUUGGUGUGAUAUCAAAUUGAAAUUUUAAUUUUAGAUAUGUAUAGGUUUUAAGGAAUAACACCUCAUAAACAAUCCUAAUAUCCGGUGGAUACAGCUUAAAAAUAUUUCAUUUUUUGGGUACUUAUUAAAAGCACAUAUGUUUAUUCUAAUUAAAUAAAUAUAACCAGGAAUAUCUGAGCGCAUAACCUAAAACUUCCAAUAUGAGCCGACUGAACUAACCUAUCGAGAAUCGAACCUAGGACUUCAUUUACGCAAUGUUAUGUACUGUACUAUAUUACUAUAACGUCGCAAAUUUAAUAUAUAGUUAUUAAUAUUAUCAGAUAAUUAUAUUAUUUAAUAACCAAUUCUAUUCUUCCAUGAAUUGUAAUGCUUUGUUCUUAUUAAAAGUGGGUACAGUUAGCAUUAAAAGUCGAUGAAUACUAAUAUUUACAUAACAUCUAUGUAAUACUCAUAUAUUUUGACUUUAUACGAUGAUCAAUCAUUGCUGGCAAAAAAGAAUCUUGAAAGACAACUUACCUAUAUAUGAAAAACCGGUAUCAUUACAAGGUUUGAGAAAUUUGUAGGCAAAUGUUUACCUAUUUUUUAUGCUAACUGUACAUAGUGUUUGAAUUCUUCCGCAAAAUCACUGUAUAUUAGAUAGGACUUUAUCAGAUCUGAUUCUCGAUUAUAAAAUUAAAUAAAAUAUUUAUUUUAUGAGGCACAAAACGAUGAAAAUGUAUUGUUAAAGCUUUUUCAUAUUUUAAAACAUUAAAAAAUUAUGAGAGAA